CAUCAGCCUCCAUCAUAUUCAGAUCCUGAAGAUGUAAACUCCCUUAAAGUCAUGUUUCUAACACUGCUAUCUAUGAGGGUCCCAUAGCAGCGGUGGCCUCUCAGAUCGCAUCAUGGCCAAAAAGCCAAGGUCGAAAUUCUGGAUCAGCCUUGUACGGUAACAUGUUAACUCAUCCAUUCAAUUUCUGCUUUACCUGCCGCAACAAGCGCGCAAGAUGCACCUAGAUCAGAACAAGUCGUUGUUCCACGAGACCUACUUUUGUUGGAUAGGAGGCUUUGACGACAGUGCCGCCUUCGAUUACCGCAUCCAGAACCCUGUCGUUGCCGUCGAACUCGACCACCACUCGAGAGUCUUCUUGACCAACAAAGAGCCCCCGACGGUUCCACAUUCAUACCGUGCUCAGAAUGCCAAAUGCAGGAGAUCAUGGCCAUGUACCUAGGGCUCUUAUUCCAGUCGAGGAACGAAAGUUCGCCUGGGAACCCGCUAAGAUUUUGAACCAUGGACGCCGAGACAGACCGAAAGGUCGCACUUAGUACACGGAACGAAGAUGAACGCGAAUCUUACUUCGAGUGACCAUCACACAGACCCGUAACAUAAGAAUGUUGGCACCGACCACUCACCCUGCUGAUCGAUGUUGAGUACUCCUUGAUCGUGACCCUAUGCCCAAGUGAUUCGAGCCAAGGCGUGGCUCAGCUAUGGCCUGACUCCUGCAUAGUCAUUGUGCCAAGUAUCGUGGCGAACCUGCGAGACAAGCCCCAGGAUCCUACCCGUCGCAACAGCUCUACAAUCACAUAUAAGGAUCUCUCGAACAUAAGCACGCCUGGAGCGGGCUCGCAACCCUCGCGCAGCAGUAGAGCCAUAUUGUCGUCGAGCAGCUUGAUUUCAGGCAAUGGCUCUUGUGGCACGGACAGCU